CGUGACGCUCCCGUGGUGUGUGGAUGUCAGUGUGUUUCAACCGUUGAUCGCGAGUGUUGUGGUACGAUUCCAGCACGAGACAUUCGAUUUGGUCGCAGAAUAUACUUUCACAAUAAAAUAUACUGUGCAUUAGGUUACCCACUUCCUUAGUUAAUAUUCCAGGACCGUUUAGACAGGCUUGGAACCACUUCACGGGCUUUAUAAGAAUUAAGCUUGGCCACAGUGUGAGAAGCACCUCUGUAUAACCAUCAUAAGAUCAUCCAUGACUCAAUCUACUGGAAAAAGGAGCUCUGAUAUUUUGGAACCUUCUACAUACUAACUCAAGAUGUUGCCAUUCGUCCUGCUGCUCCUACUCCUGGCCGGGAUCUCGUGUAUUUGCCCGCCAGAAUGCGAGUGUGAGUUGGAUGUCCGUGGCCGGCGCCAGGUCAUGUGCACCAAAGGCGGCAUGCAGGUCCCCAUCCCCAUCACGCAGAUGGACGCCAUGCUCGAGGUACUCAAGAUCUCCGCUCCUGACCACAACCAGAACGCGCUCACGAUCGGCCCGAUCUUCCAGCAGUUCUCGCAGCUCGAGGAGAUCCACAUCGUCAAGUCCAACAUCCCUGCCAUCGGCAAGCACUCCUUCUGGGGAGUUCCUACCCUCAAGAUGCUCAACCUGACGCAGAACAAUAUUUCCCAAGUCCUGGAGUCCAACUUUCAGGGACUGAUGCAUCUAGAGCAGCUCCACCUUGAUGACAACCGGAUAGAGUCGAUGCACAGUGGCACCUUCCGGAAGUUGCCGGAACUCCGAGUGUUGAGUCUCGCCCGGAACCGGAUCACCGAGCUGGCACCACGCCUGUUCCUCAGCUUGGCAAAACUUACACGUCUCGACCUCAGCGGCAAUCCUCUGGACGACCUCAGUCCCGAGGUCUUCAAGGAUGUUCAGGAGUUGCGUGUGUUUGCUUGUAGAGGAUGUGGCUUGAAGAACAUCAACACUCACAUAUACAGUUUGUUAUCUUCACUGACCCACUUGGACCUUGGAGACAACGAUAUCAAGUACAUCGCAUCAGACGAGUUCCGCGACCUGCGACGUCUUCAAGUUCUGCGGCUGGACGGUAACCAUCUUCCAGUAGUCCUGGAGCGAACUUUCAGCUGGACUCCCAAGCUACAAGUCCUUUCCCUCGCCAGAAACAGACUGGCCAAGGUCACCACUACGGCCUUCGUCAAUCUGACCACCCUGACAGAGCUUGACCUCAGUUACAACAAGCUAGACCGUGCGGAAACCCUCACAUUCCAGCCCCUCGCGGAAUCUCUCAAGGUGCUUAUCAUCGGUGGGAACAACAUUCCCAUCACCGAGCUGAAAUACGUGCUGCAAGUCGUCGUCAAACUGAAGGAGCUCUCAGUGGCCGACAUGGGACUGACGGACAUUCCUCUUGGGCUUCUAGUUCACUUGGAACAUCUGAGGUCUCUCAAUUUUUCUGGCAACAACAUGAUGCAUUUUCCUUCUCAAGUUCUGGCACCUGUCCCGAAGCUGAACGAGUUGGACCUGUCACGUAACAACUUCUACGGGUUAGACGAUAGACUACUGACACGCUUGGAGACCGUUCCCACAGUACAUCUGCAGGGUAAUCCGUGGUCCUGCGAUCACUGCCAUAUCAACUGGAUGUUGAACCGACUGGAGAGGAUGGAGUAUCUGCAGAGUGUAGUCUGCAUGUAUCCUUACUCGGUGCAAGGAUUGACUCUGGCCGCUCUGGACCGCGAAUCCCUGGACUGGUGCAGCGCGAGUCCUUCCUACAGAGACGACAGCAUCGCGGGCCUCAGUCUCGCUCACACGACCAAACUGGGAUUCAUCGCCGCCGGGGCCGCCAUCAUCCUGCUCCUCAUCUCCUCCACCGUCAUCGUCCUGACGGUCUUCUACUCCCGCCACCACGCCGCCUACUACUACACUCACGAGGAGAAGCGGGGACCCGAGCACGACUCCAUCUUCGAGAACCACGGCGCCGUCAUCGACGACGGCCUCAAGCCCAAGAAGGUGUCCAUAGCUACGAUCGACGAGAUCACCAAGGAUCCCGACCUGCAGAUUCUGGCGAACGGUUCGUGAGACUUGGGGUUCUUCGUGUGAGAGGACUUGCGCACAGUGAGACUAGCUCGCACACGACUCUGACCUCACUCGUGAGACGGACAGACUUACUUAUCUGAGAGAUUCACAUUGCCUUACGUCUCUAUAUUUUUGUAUCGUCGAGUCUUAGUACUGUGAAUGCCUUGUUACCUAGUGACUACAAUGUCUGAUCAUGUCAUCUGCUUCAAGUGUUCUUCGUCUAAUGUCUACGAACUUCCACUUUGCGACGUAACGACGUUUCUUGGUAAACGUUAUCCUAAUUACGGUGACUGUUAGUCUUAAAAACAUGUCAAUGACAAAUUCUCUUCAGUUCUUCUUUGUUGUUAGUAUCAUCUAGUCAUUAAUUGUUUUAUGAAAUGUAAAUCAGAGUAUAGCCCAUUGGAGUCACCCAAUUAUGAAAUCAUUCGUAAGAGAAGCAAUUCCUUUACAGCGUAUUAUGUAAACAUUUUAAUUAUGUGUAGUUAAAUUAAUUUGGCACAUCCUUAAAAAAAGGAAACCAUUCAGAUUAUAUUUUAAAGUAAAGAAUAAGGCGGUAGUUUUAGUUAACAAUAUUUUAUUACUCAAAUUUUAUAUGUUAUUAUUCAGCAGAGUUCUUUCUAGGUUGUUUACUAUUUAAGUUUUAUUCUGUUAUAGUUCAUAGUUAUUGUGAGACGCAGCUUAUGUAAUACGUAACAGGGUCAAUAUUUUGUAUUUCAAUUUGUAUACUAACUUCACAAAACAUAAUUAGAAAUAUAAAAAUCACUUGGUGUUGUUACAAAAAAUAUUUUAUGUUCAUAAAUGUGUAAGUUUUGAUAGGUACAACUUCAUUAAAUCCUAAUUUUUAAUUUAUUCCGCUUCACAAGAACGUGAAAUGUUCCUUGGAUUUACAACUUACAUAUCGUUAAAAUAUUUAAACACGAAGCACAUGUAGUUACAUUAGUUGGACCUAUAUUUAUUUCUCAUUUUAAACAAAAUAAGGAGGAUUUAUUGCGAUUUUAUAGUGUACAUUGUGGAUCGCCGAUCGAAAAGAAAUGUAAUUUAUUCCUUAAAUUUCAAUUUACAUUACGUCAAUUUAUUUUCAGGAGGCCGGAUAUUUUGAAACUUACUUUCCUUCUUUUCGAUGUAUCUAUUUUUGUAAGAAAGUAGCUUAGAUGAUAAUAGGACGUGUUAUAUUUUCAUACUUAACUGUUAAGAUGUUCGUAUUAUGUUCCUUUUUUAUUGUAUCCUUUUGCAUUGCAUUUAUUAUGGUAAGAUGUUUUCAUUAAUACAUAACUGUAUCUGUCACAAAAUAGUUUCAAUAGCUUAAAAACCCCUUCAUAUUCGGUAAGUGUAUUAAAUUGAUCAUUUUCUCAGUUAACGUCGGUAAACGUGGACUUUGAUUUCUGUAGCUUGUGUAAAUAAGAGAUCUAUGCUGAACAUGUAAUGUUAAUAUAAUCCAACUUCAUAUUUUAAUAGAUGUAACUUGUAAAUAAGUUAGAUUUGGAGUAACAUAGAAAUACUAAGUCAUUUAUUUUUAUAAUAGGAUUCGAGUGUACGACACUUUUUAAUAUUUUGUUGUAUAAUUUACAAGCACAAUGCUUUUAUAUUUUAUAUGAAGUUGUUCUAGAAAAGAGUUUGUAGAUUUCUGUUUCAAAUCUUCUAUGUUUAAGAUCAUCCGGAUCUCAUUCUUUAUUGUUGUGUAUUUGUAUGUACAUAAUUAAAUUAAAUUUAGUUCAUAACAUUUAUUAUUUUAUUAAAAUAUGUUUUAGUGUAUGUAAACAUUUCUUCUACUACUUGGAUGGGUACAACCUUUAAUUGUAUUAGUUACACCAGAGAUAACUCAUGUAUCAGUUUGUCGUGCUGUAAAGACAGCCAUCUGGUCAGUAACAAUGUUUAAACGGCAACAAUUAAGUUUAGUGGCGUAAACUAGCGUUGGACUUGAUAACUCCCUGGUAAUCUUCCUGGUAUGAAUGGUAUAUCUCUCGCGUAACUAAUACGGAAAUAAUUAGUCGUUACUUUGAAGGUGCUAUUAUUCGUUUAGUUUGCAAUAGAGAAUUUGUAUCACUGUGUGCUUUUAACGAAUGAAUAGUGUUAUCAUAACAGCUUGUCAACUUUCUCAAUUUUUCAUUUUUGUAUUUUCACACUAUUUGCAAUACAUAUUGUCAAAUACUGAUGUGGGACUUGGUCAAUGUUGAAUAUUAAAAACAUCUCAAUACAAUAUUUUACAAAA